AUGGUGGGAAUCGAACUCAACCCCGAGCCUAAUCACGAUACAAAGAAGAUCAAAGAAUUCAUUGAUAAAAUGUUUUCGAAUGUCCAUCAUUUCACAGAUCGUUUGAUCGGCGACAAUCUGCGAGUUUCCAUGAAUGUAGAGACUCUGGUCCAUUUGCGGGCUACAACCGCAGAUUCUCAGUCUCGUAACGCCGACCCUUUUCUUGUUGAUGAGGUGCAAACUGCUGACGACAAAUCAAGCAUUGAUGAUAUGAUGGAGGUUGAUGAACACGAUCUUACUAUUUCCGAUGAAACCCACAGUACUGACGAUGUAUUAUGGGAAGCGUUUUAUGGACCACUUACCCCAUUGUCUGACGUCGAAGAUCCUUUUAACGAUGCGGCCUCUGUGUUGGUGUCGCCUACUAGCCCCAUGAACCUGAACAAACAGGAAAACUCCACAAAUGGGCAGUCCAGGCAACUGAACCUUUCUGGACUUACUGGGAAGGAUAAACAACGGGCUCGAAACAAAUUAAGGAAUCGAACUUGUCGUCAUGAGCAUCUUAUGCGACAAGGAGUAGAAACGUAUUCGGGUGACGUUAAUUCCUUCAGCGUGCAAGACCUACCGUUUUCGUCUACUGGUUGGGGAGGGAAGAAAUUCGAUCAAGCGCAGGGAGAAGAUAUUAUAGCUCGAUGGCCUCAUCGUCUUGCAGAAGACUUGAAAGACGCAGUAAAAAUCCCUUUCACCGACAGAUCUUCGGUAUAUCCAUGGGUAGAUAUGGACGCUUUUAUGAAAGCAGCAGAUGAAUUUGUAGAGAGGUGUAUGCCUUUUACUGAAGCAGACACCUCUAGCAACAUUUGCGGUGACCAUUUCUUUUGCAUUGCUGGACACGAUCAUCAAAAUAAAAAAGCACCCAAACUGUCUCCAUGGCAUGUUAAGAACGCUGAUUUGAUCGAGGAGUUCUUCCAACCGGGAACUCCUUUUACUAAAGCAACGGAAGGUGCAAAUUCCAUGGUCGGAUUCAAAUUCCCUGGUAUCUACAUCAGAUUUCAGAACUGCGUCCAAUACAUGAAGAAGAAAUAUAGAAGGCGCAAAAGACCCGUGGAAGCUAGGUUCGGCGUCUUUUUCAAUUUUUGUCUUAACCAUUCUCGGCGAGGACAAGGGAUACGCAGAGUACAGUGCUGGCCUCAUGUUGAUAAGGCGAAUCUCGCUAUAGGAGUCUGCGUAAUUUUUAUAUAUGGGAAAUUUGACCAUACCCGAUUUUGUUGGCUCGUGAUAUGGGAGGCCAGACCGAUAAUCAUUCAACUGCCCCCUGGCGUCUUCUUGGUCUAUCCAUCAUCUUUGUUUUAUCAUUUCAACAUAGACAUUCAAGAUCUGGAUAGACAUUUAGUCACAACUAAAGAUGGGGCAUACCCUACACUGGAGAACGUCGAAUCCCUUUGGUCAGAAGACGAGGAUCAAGGGUCUUGUGUUUGGUUUAAUCAGGCUACUAUGUUUCAAUCUGCGGAGUUGAACGUGACUACCAUGAAAGCAGGUAGGAAGGCUUGA